CUCGGCGCUCACGUCGCGUCGGAGACUGUGGUAGAACAUUGUCAUCCUGACCUGGGACCACGGAGCGUCUGGCAGAAAUGUCUAAUGCAAAAGAAAGGAAACAUGCUAAGAAAAUGAGAAACCAGCCCACCAAUGUGACUUUAUCCUCUGGCUUUGUGGCUGAUAGUGGUGUAAAGUACCAUAAUGGAGGUGGAAAACCUUUCCAGACUCAAAAAGAGCCUCAUUCUGGAACUUCACGACAGCGGCAAACCAGAACGACCCACCAUUCACUGGCCGAAUCUGAUGCGAAGGAGCAGUCUUCCUCCAGGGUAACCUUUAAAAAAAAGGGAGGAUGGAAAGCAGGUCCCGAGGGCACUUCUCAGGAGAUUCCCAAGUAUAUAACCGCUUCUACUUUUGCUCAAGCUCGAGCUGCUGAAAUCAGUGCCAUGUUGAAAGCAGUGACCCAGAAAUCUUCUAAUUCACUGGUUUUCCAGACGCUGCCACGGCACAUGAGACGAAGAGCCAUGAGUCACAAUGUCAAACGCCUUCCUCGACGGUUACAGGAGAUUGCCCAGAAAGAGGCAGAGAAAGCAGUUCAUCAGAAAAAAGAACACUCAAAAAAUAAGUGCCAUAAAGCUCGACGAUGUCACAUAAACCGGAUGCUAGAAUUUAACCGGAGACAAAAGAAGAACAAAUGGCUAGAAACUCACAUCUGGCACGCGAAGCGAUUUCACAUGGUCAAGAGGUGGGGCUACUGCCUGGGGGAGAGGCCGACAGUCAAGAGCCACAGAGCCUGCUAUCGAGCCAUGACGAGCCGCUGCCUCCUUCAGGAUUUAUCCUACUACUGUUGUUUGGAGUUGAAGGGCAAAGAGGAAGAAAUACUGAAGGCACUUUCUCUAAUGUGUAGCAUAGACACAGGAUUGACUUUUGCAGCAGUUCACUGUUUGUCUGGAAAGCGCCAAGGUAGUCUCAUGCUUUACCGGGCAAAUAAAUAUCCUAGAGAAAUGCUGGGUCCUGUGACAUUUAUUUGGAAGGCUGAGAGGACCCCUGGUGACACUUCUGAGAGCAGGCAGUUGUGGAUCUGGCUUCAUCCAAGUCUUAAACAGGAUAUCUUAGAGGAAAUAAAAGCAGUGUGCCAGUGUAUGGAACCCACCAAGUUGACUGUCUGCCUCCCUGAUCCCCUUCUGACACCAUCCCAAGAAAAAAGCCAAACUGACCUGCCCAAAGAGAAAAUUGGCAAGAAAAGAAAAUGGAAAGAUGAUGAGGAAAAUGCUAAACCAAUUAAAAAAAUCAUCGGUGAUGGAACUAGAGAUCCACUUCAACCGUAUUCUUGGGUCUCUCCGACCACAGGCAUUGUAAUCAGUGAUUUGACGAUGGAGAUGAACAGAUUCCGGCUGAUUGGUCCACUUUCCCACUCCAUCCUAACUGAAGCACUCAAAGCUGCUUCUGUCCACACUGUGAGAGUAAACGUGCUUGAGGGAGAGGACACAGAGAAGACACCUCACUCUUGGUGGAUUGAAACCUGCAGGAAUCCUGAUAGCGUUUCCCUUCAUCACAGACAGGAAACCAUUUUUGAAUUGUUGGGAGGAAUAACAUCACCAGCAGAAAUUCCAGCAGGUACUAUUCUGGGACUGACAGUUGGUGAUCCACGAAUAAAUUUGCCUCAAAAGAGGUCCAAAGUUUUGCCCAAUCCAGAAAAAUGCCAAGAUAAUGAGAAAGUUAGACAGCUGCUUCUGGAGGGUGUGCCUGUGGAGUGUUCGCAUAGCUUUCUUUGGAACCAAGAUAUCUGUAAGAGUGUCACAGAGAAUAAAAUCUCGGAUCAGGAUUUAAACCGGAAGAGGAGUGAAUUGCUGGUGCCCGGGUCACAGCUCUUUUUAGGUCCCCAUGAAUCCAAGGUUCCUAUACUUUUGAUUCAACAACCAGGAAAAGUGACUGGUGAUGACCAACGAGGCUGGGGAAGUGGCUGGGAUGUCCUCCUCCCAAAGGGCUGGGGCAUGGCUUUCUGGAUUCCAUUUAUCUAUCGAGGUGCAAGAGUUGGAGGAUUAAAAGAGACUGUAGUGCAUUCUCAGUAUAAAAGGUCACCUAAUGUCCCAGGUGAUUUCCCAGACUGCCCUGCCGGGAUUCUCUUUGCUGAAGAGCAAGCUAAGAAUCUUCUUGAAAAGUACAAAAGACGCCCUCCGGCAAAACGGCCCAACUACGUUAAGCUUGGCACCCUGGCACCUUUCUGCUGUCCCUGGGAGCAGUUAACUCGAGACUGGGAAUCAAGAGUCCAGGCCCAAGACGAAUCGUCUGCAGCUUCCUCUCCAGGCGGUGAGGAGAGUAGCCUGAGGAAAGAUGUGGUGUCUUGUGCUCCCGUGCCUGGAAGGACUCGUCAGCUGUCUGAUGACGAGGGCACACCCCUAAACGACUCCAGCGAGCCCAAGGGAGUGAUGGACACAGGUGGUCCAGCCUGGGCGGGGACUGAGGGCGUAGUGGGCCAGGGUGCCACCGGCAGUCUCCUCUGCGUUCUGAGGAGUAGAAAAUUACUGAGGCAGCUGUCAGCCUGGUGUGGGCCCAGUUCUGGGGACAGUCGGGCAGCCCCGCGAGCUCCUGGCACAGGGCAGCAAGAAUUGAGCAGAGAGGCUUGCCUGUCCAUCCUGGACCGCUUCCCCAAGGCCCUGGUGUGGGUCAGGCUGUCCCUGCUCAGGAAGGGCAGCCCCGAGCCGCACACCAUGAUCUGUGUUCCAGCUGAGGAGGACCUCCUCCAGCUCAGCCAGGAUCGGCUGUACUGUGGGCCCCAGGAACCCAAGCAUAGUGACCCAUUCAAGAGCCAGAUCCGGAAACAGAAGGAGAAGAAGAAACUAGAGAAGAGGCAGAAGCGAGGCUGUGCUGCAUCUGAGGGCCUGGCAGAGGGGGACCCUGCAGCUGGACACCAGCCUCUGACCCUGGGCUUGUGGUCAGGCCCUCUCCCGGUUGUGACUUCUCACUGCUCCAGAGUUCUCCUUGGCUUUGUCACACAGGGAGAUUUUUCCAUGGCUGUCGGCUGUGGGGAAGCCCUGGGGUUUGUUAGUUUGACGGGCUUGCUGGAUACGCUGUCCAGCCAGCCAGGAGUGGAGAGGGGUCUCGUGUUGCUGAGGCCGCCUGCCUCUCUGCAGUACCGAUUUGCGAGAAUCGCUAUUGAGGUGUGAGGUCGGUUUACAUCCUGGCACAGAUAAUAACUGUGUUUGCCAAGUCCCACAACUGGAGAGUUGUUUUUGCUGUCUUCCGUUUCAAUAUGUCAUGUGAAAUUCCUUGGAAACGAGAAUUAAAAAAAUUAUGUAUUUAUGCAAAUGGAUGAAAUGUUUACCUCAUUCCAGUAAUGUCCUUGAUUUCCAUCUUUCCCUGUCCAUGCUGUAAUACUUUAAAAUUUUUUGGCAUAUAUAGCCAAAAGCUUUUGUAUUUUGAUUUCUUGGUCUGUGUAAUUCUUGCUGAAAAUAAUUAGAAGCUCUAUUGUUUUCUUGUGUCCUAUCAAGAACAAAGGGCUGUCAAGUCUAUUUGAAAAAUCUUGUAGUCACGUGAUAAGCGACGACGGUUGUUUAAUGAUCUGAUUGUUACAGAAGAGGAAAAGACUAGAAACAUCUGGUCUCUGUGCAUGAAGUAUGGGCCCCUGUGGGCCACGUUCAGUUCUGUGCUCUGAUCAGCAUGCCCAACGCUUUACACCAUAAAGAAGGAAAUCAUGGAAAAUGUAUUGUUGCCUCUUUUCAGACAGGUUCAGUUUACGGCAAAAGUGUUGAGAUGGAACUAGAGUGGUGGUCUGUGGUCUUAUGACCACUCGUCCUCUGUCGUUGUUGACCAGCGCAUGAUUCCAGGAGUUACUUAAUUUUUCUGUGCUUUGUUUCUGCAAAGAAUUUUUCAAAGCCAUAGAGGAGCAUUUCUCAAAAUAUAUUCUAUGAAGUAUGUUACCUAAGGAAAAGAGUCCAAGGACAGAGUGGGAAACUCUGGGUUAAAUACAGUUAAGCGGGACUUCCUUGGUGGCACAGUGGUUAAGAAUCCACCUGCUAAUGCAGGGGACAUGGGUUUGAGCCCUGGU